AAAAUUAUUUUUUUCUCGGCACCACAUUCGUUCACCGCAGAACAUGGUUUUCGGAUUGCCGAGUAUUUCGUUUUCCACAAUUUUCUUAUUUCGUACCAAAUAUGAAUGCUGAAUGUGCUCAUAAUUCUGAGCCGGAAGAUUCGGAGUUCUAUUUUGAAUCCGAUCAUCUAGCCUUGAAGGGUAACAAGGAUUACACGGCGCUUCUGAAGACAAUUAUUAUGCUAGAGGCCCAAAGAACCCAGGGAAUUGCAGACUUGGAUAAAUUAUUGGAAGCUCAAAAGAUUGCAAUGCAAGACCCCGUUUCCUUCGUUGCUAAAUUACAAGAUGAGGACUUUGUUGGAUUCCCGGGGCCCCAGAAAAUCGCUGACAUCCCCUAUAUAGACUGGACCAAGUACAACAUAGUUUUACCCGAUAGCCCAAUGCGCCCACAAACAAGGCACGGACCGGUUCUCCCCCAACUUCAAGUGAAGUCCGACGCUGAUGAGGGAAAGAUACUGGUUCGAGGACGUGCAUUUGACCAAAGUAAACCGGAGACGUUCAACCAACUGUGGACAACGGAGGAGCAGAGAAGGUUGGAAGAACUUUUGAUCGAGUACCCACCCGAAGAGGUAGAGAUGCGUCGGUGGACGAAAAUUGCCAAUGCACUCGGAAACCGAACGCCUAAGCAAGUAUCCAGUCGUGUUCAAAAAUACUUCAUCAAACUCCUGAGGGCCGGACUUCCGAUCCCUGGCCGCGGACCAAAAGUUAGAAUGGAUGUAAAGCGUGGCACGAAUCACCGCCACCAGCGCAAUAAUUAUCUGCUCUUGAAGCCCUCCACUUUUUUUCCCCAUCAAGACAUGCCGUUCAACUUUGGAGAGGACGCCAGACAUUUAUCGAUCAUCGAAGACUCUGAGGAUGACUGUGGCAACGGAACCUUGGGGGAUACGGCUGAGAUGAGACAUAUUCAGUUGCUUCGACUGGUCAAAGCGGAAAAAGGAAACGAACAGCUGCGGGCAUACUCCCACAUCGGAUACAGAUGCUUGGUAUGCAAGGAAGAACCGUUGAAGGGUACGCGGUGGCAUUGCAAGGAUUGCGAAGGAGAAAUGAAUUUCUGCGGGGACUGUGCAGUGGCACAAUGGGAGACUGACACUCCCAUACAUCCUCCAUCCCAUAGAUUGAUCGCUGUUCGACCGACCCAGUCAAACAGGACUUACGAUUCAGAUUAUUUUUCACAAAGCUUCAAUAACUCUUCUUACAAUUAUUUGGAUCCCAAUUUUCUUCCCGAAUAACAAACCUCCGCGGGAGGCAUGGAGUGUAUUUUCGAUAUGCUGUGGACUGAUGAUAAAAUACAAUGCCGAUUCAAAAUA